UCUGGUUAUGCGCUGUUGUGUAUGUUUACUCCAGUCAAGCCUGCAGUGCUCACCAUCCAAGAUGGCUGCGGGUGAAAGCAAUACCCGAUCUUCGUGUCUAAACUUGUCCAAUUCGGGUCCGCUGGGCAACGCACCGCCGAGCAACGGCACCCACUCUUCCCCCGCGAGUAACGGGGGAUCGGCGGGUGCAAAUAGCGGAAUGAACCGGAGCGCGGGGAAUACGAACCCUAGGUCGGGCCCGGAAAACGGCGGAGGCGCCGAUUCCGCGGUGAGAUGCGCGCCGAGCACCCAGAACCCUCCGCGGCAGGCUGCCGGUCAGAGCGCCGCGGCGGCACACGGUGCGACUGCGGGCGCUGCGUCAAAUAUGACGGCGACAUCAUCAUCGUCAUCUUCUUCAUCAUCCUCCAGCGCAUCUGAUGCGUCCGCCGCCGCCGUUUCUUCGCUUCCCAGCAGCCCGGCUUCAGUUUUGGUGUAUCGAGAACCGGUCUACAAUUGGCAAGCGACAAAAAGUACAGUGAAAGAAAGGUUUGCCUUUUUGUUUAACAACGAAGUGUUAAGUGACGUCCAUUUUUUGGUUGGGAAGGGAAUGGGAGUGCAGCGCAUCCCAGCCCACAGAUUUGCUCUCGCUGUGGGAAGCGCCGUGUUUGAUGCCAUGUUCAACGGUGGCAUGGCCACAACGUCCACCGAAAUUGAGCUCCCAGACGUGGAACCGGCUGCAUUUCUAGCCCUUCUCAAAUUUCUAUACUCAGACGAAGUGCAGAUUGGACCGGAGACCGUUAUGACUACACUAUACACCGCUAAAAAGUAUGCAGUGCCCGCUCUGGAAGCCCACUGCGUCGAAUUCCUGAAGAAAAAUCUACGCGCUGACAAUGCGUUCAUGUUGCUUACCCAGGCACGGCUUUUCGACGAGCCCCAGCUGGCCAGUCUCUGCUUAGAAAAUAUCGACAAGAACACAGCGGACGCGCUGGCUGCCGAGGGCUUUACAGAUGUCGACCUCGACACUCUUGUGGCCGUCCUGGAGAGAGACACGCUGGGUGUACGGGAAGUCCGUCUAUUCGGUGCUGCGGUCCGUUGGGCGGAAGCCGAGACCCAAAGACAGCAAUUACAGCCGACCCCGGAAAACAAGCGCAGGGUGUUGGGAAAAGCACUUACACUUAUUCGCUUCCCUCUUAUGACUAUUGAAGAGUUUGCAGCAGGCCCAGCACAGUCUGGUAUACUCACAGAUCGAGAGGUGGUCAGUUUAUUCUUACAUUUUACCGUCAAUCCAAAACCUCACGUAGAGUUUAUCGACCGACCUCGCUGUUGCCUCCGGGGAAAAGAGUGCAGCAUCACGCGCUUCAGUCAGGUGGAGAGCCGUUGGGGCUACAGCGGAACCAGCGACCGGAUCAGGUUUUCUGUGAACCGCCGAAUAUUUGUGGUUGGAUUUGGGCUCUAUGGCUCCAUACAUGGUCCAACUGACUAUCAGGUCAACAUUCAGAUCAUACAUACAGACAGCAACACAGUUCUGGGUCAGAACGAUACAGGCUUCAGUUGUGAUGGAACGGCCAGUACCUUUAGAGUUAUGUUCAAGGAGCCGGUGGAAAUUCUCCCCAGUGUCAACUACAUCGCCUGCGCCACGCUCAAGGGACCAGACUCUCAUUACGGGACAAAGGGGAUGCGCAAAGUCACCCACGAAGCCCCGGCGACCGGCACCAAGACCUGUUUCACAUUCUGCUACGCUGCAGGAAACAACAACGGCACUUCAGUAGAAGACGGACAAAUCCCAGAAGUCAUCUUCUAUACAUAAUGACCAUACAAAAACCCAAAGACUCUUACAUUGCAUUUUGUGGCCAAUUCACCGGUCUCCCGUAGACCGGCGGCCAAAUACUGAUCUCUCAUUUCUAGUCUGUUGUUUCGAUUUGAGCAUGAGAAUUCAGUCGUUUCAAAGUGUACUUAGUGUACAGAUUUCAUUUCUACCCGAGUAGCACACAUCGUAGUGAAACCUUGAUGUUACGACGAGCCCGUUUCACUGCUAUAGGUCAGAGCUCCAUAUCUUAAAAGUCGGCUUUAGUUUGUUUGUUGGAAACUAUUUUUGGUCCCACUUUUGACCCUUGAUUGUUAAAUGCGUACCAAUCCUUCGAAUCGCACCAAUGCACUUCUGACCCAGACGUAAGAGCCCAUUCUCCGGGGUUUGGGAAGGUACACUACAUUUAGAUUAACCGUUUAAGGGACUGUUAUGUACCCAUUACGAGUGGCCUGCACCCUUUGAUGGAGGUUUUUGCUGUUUACCGUAGUUGCCCUUUUUAUUGAGCAAAAGCUCGUACACAAGCUCUAAAAUAUUGACGUCGGUGAAAUACUGAACACGUUUCUAUUGUAAAUUCACAAUAUUGUUUUCUUGAGAUAUGUUGAUCAGAGGUGAUGAGGAAACAGCUUGAUGAAUGUAUCAAUGCUUACCUUGUAAGCGCUGUAAAUAUGUUCGUGUCUUGUUUGUGUGUUUCAUUAAAAGUCUGCAGACCUAGUUUGAA